AUGCAAAUCUCUGACUGGGUUAGUGAACCUCAGCAUGUGGGCGAGCAGGAGGUUUAUGAUGCUCGUCGGUCUGGUUCGCCUCCACUCCCAGCCGACAAUGACAAUGAUGGCAGCCCCAUUUUCCCUUCUUCUUCACGAACUAGAUUCAAUUCUGUAUCUUUAGUGGGUUAUGCUGUGGCAGCAAUUCUCUCCAUUGUCCUGACGGCCUACUUCUGUUUCUUUUCAAGCCCUUCGCUGAAAUUGUCUGGUCCAGUCUCCCGUCAGCUGGCUGACGGCAAAGAUGAAGAAAAGUGCCGGCAGCUUUUCUCAGGAGAAGAAAGUAUAAGCGACUCAGGGCCCGAGGAGUCGCCUUUGGAAAGAGUAGAUGCGGGGGUUCAAGGUACCACCACUGGCAGGAAGAGGCUCAUGAGCACAGAUGAAGGAGAAGACCAGGCUAAAAAAUCCAGAACGGAGGGGCCAGAAAAACAAAAUGCGGCCGCUACAGCAGAAUCAGAGCCUUCAGAAUUAGAAGAUCGGCAUACACAAACUGGAGGCGCCGACGGUACUGAAGAGGGUGAAUGGCUUGACAGCCUUUUGAUGGAUACAGGCGAGUUGCUAACGGCGCCUACUUUAUCGAUUGACCAGUGGUUUCUUGAUCACAUUCUACAACAGCAAUCAGGCACUUCUUCAGGCAGGGACGUAGCUACUCCUAGUGGAGGUGUGGAGUCUGGCCCUGGACAAGACGGCAGCCCAAACGAGGAUACUGCCAGUGAGGGGCCUUUAGCUUCAGGAUCUGGGAUCCCAUGCGCAAUUGGCAGCAAGCUUUCUUCUUCUGAACGAGUUACUGGGGCUCCCGAGCCUCUGCAAUUCCUCUCGGACCAGCCAAGAGGCGCUUCAUCACAAGAGCACCCUGGUGGGGCGUCGCAUUCGUUGCAGGAAGAAGACUACUUCCCCUCUGAGCCCUCUACAAGCUCUGUUGCUUUGUCUGAGAACACCGAUGAAGCAGCUGUAGAAUCGGCUAUCUUGCAAGCACCUAUACGUCGUACUACGCAACAGAGCGACCCCGGAAGCCGUGGAGAGGAAGGACAUUCUUCCCCUAGAGAAUUGAGAUUAGAUGAUCACCCGUUUUAUCGUUUGCCGCGAAUUAGUGGAAGUGUACUCGUGGUCCCGUUUUGCUGGAGUCGGGCCGUCGUCUAUACUCCUCGCAAGUCUCCCGUAACGCUACUGGUGCAGGCUUAUAGUCUGUUGACCAAGAGGUCUCUUAAUAGCGAUGAAGUGCAAUCUCUCAUUUUCAUUAGUGAGCAAUUGGUAAGAAACAUCAUGUCGCUGCCUCUUACUGAGACCAGAGAACUUCCCAGCUGGUGGAUCUUGAUUCCAGUGGCUCGUCGUUUCCUCCUGGUGGAUUGCUUGUGGAGCAUCUGUGAAGCUGUUGGUGGUCCAAUGAAGCAGCCCACGUGGUGGGCUAAGAUGAUGAGGAAAGCACUGGAGAUUGCAAUCCCUAAACAAUCUGUCAAAAAAUCUAAAGUCGAAAGAGACAAGCUUGUUCGCGAUUUGCUGUCUGCACUUCAAGAAUUCGCAAGGGGGAGGCGCCCUCCCGCAGCUCAAAUAAUUGAGUUGAAACGCCGGAUUUUCUGCCGACCUGAGAGCCCCAACUACUUUAAAAAGCGUGAAUGGGAUCCGUGGCGAGAAGAUGAUCGGAACUUUCCAACCAAAUAG